AUGUUCCAGAAGCAGAGGUGGAAAGCAGCUUUCACGCAAGAAGAUGCGCCCUGCGGAAGACAUGGUGAGCAGAAAUUCCGGCCAGACAUAUGCAUCACAGUGCCCACGCGCUACCGCUAUGACCUCCUGCUACGUUCGCGUGCUUCGCCCUUCGACUCGCGCUUUGUUUGGGCCGUGGGCCCGCUGCACAAACACUCAGUGGCCGAGGGGGCACAGCGGCUGAACGGCCAGGCCCUGGAUUGCAGCCUACUUACGGUCAAUUGGCGUGCUUCGUGCAAAGCCGGGACGGAUGUGUUCGACGAAGGCUACUAUGGACCUUUGACCAAGCAGCUCUUGGUCGACACGCGCUGGGAUGCAGCAGCGGAGAAGUUGAGUGUUCGCCUCGAGUGCCAGGCUUUCCUGUACAGGAUGGCACGCGUAAUCGUCUCCUCACUGGUCGCCUGCGGUCGCGGCGUGAUUGAUUCGACAGACCUGGACGAUGCCUCUUCGCCGACCUUUGCCAAUGCCUUGCAGAAGGUCAAGGGAAGGACACAGCUGGCUCCACCGAGCGGUCUCUUUCUCGAGGAGAUCGUGUUUGAAUUCAGGGUCACAUUUUGCUCAAGCCUGCGCAUUGCGGAUCUCAAGCCUCUUAAAUCGCCUUGGCGCAUGGAGGCUUUCAUUGUGUGUUACCUCCUAUGCCUCCCAGCAAUGGGGUCUUGCCGUCACUAUGUGAAUGAGCUUUGGGGGCUGGUGAAGAGGCCUCGAAUGCUCCUGGCACAGAUGUUGAACUUAGGCUGCGUGGUGCUCUUCGCGCUGAUGCUGCACAGGGGUCUCAUGGUGUUCACCAACAACUCAGUGCCGGUUUUAGUUGUUCAGAGUGGUGAUGGGCCUGGUUUCCAAAGAGGUGACAUCCUUUUCCUGGCUUUUUUUGACGAACCAUUCAAGGCUGGUCAGGACAUCGUGUUCCAAGUUGACGGGAGGGACUUUCGGAUUGUUCACAGGCUCCUGGAAGUGCACGAAAGUCACAACGGAACCCUUGCAUUGCUCACUAAAGGAGAUGAUAACCAAGUAGACGACAGAGGUCUCUAUCCUCAAGGGCAGCGAUUUAUCGGCAGGAGAGAAGUCAUGGGGCAAGUGCAGGCAUGUCUGCCGUUUGUGGGAAUGAUUGCAAUAUUGCUGGCUGAGUAUCCCUGGUACAGCUACUGGCAGAUAUGUUGGACAGGCUUCUUUUUCUUGAUAGGCAGACGUGGUGGAGAGUGGCUUCACCUGCUCAUUGGGCAAAACUACCACCGUGCAGCUUUACGGGAGGACUGA